UUUCGUGCUGUUCGAACAAACCCUUCUGUAGCUUCCGGCCCUUUGAAACUUUCCCCAAUGUUUGUUCGAGUUAGUGGGUUUCGUUCUUAUCUGCAUUUCGUUUUCUGCGGGUUUGUCCCUUUUCUCCCCUGAUUUGAUCGGCGGAGCGCGGCAUGUGCUUGGAUUGUUGCGCUUGAGCUGCUUUGUUCUCUUCUGCGCAUCGUCAUCUCCGCUUGACUCGGGCUAAGCUCGAGAUAUUUCCACGGAUUCCUGUUUGUUCGUUUGCUGGGCUGUUUAGGCGCCGAAUUAAAUUCAUGCCCGGCCUCCUGCUGCUGCUUUUGGGGGCCGGGUUUCAAGCCCCAAAUUGGGGCCAUGGUUGCGCCGCGGGCUCCUCCCGCCCCGCCCCCAAAUCAGGCAGUUGAUUUACUGGCCUGCUGUUGUUUCGUCAGUUUGUAGAAUAGCUUGAAAUGUCCAAAGAAACCUAAAAAUAGCACACCCCCGUUCCCUUCCCACCACCAAAUGCCAGUUCCAAAUCUGAUCAACCACACUUUUGUUUUUAGCCUCACCCGUUUCUUCUAAAAAAAGCAACAGAAAGAUCGUUCGUUCGUUCGUUCGUUUCGCCAUGUGUAAGCAAUGGGAUGCUUUGUUUGCUGUGAAAGGGUCGUGUGAAAGGGGGGAGGUAACCGAGGCAGGCAGACAGUUUUUCAGAGCCUUUUUCUUGCAAUUUUGGGAGGAGGACAUCUGAUCCCAGGAUCAACCAACCCCUGGUCAAAGAGGGAGCUAGAGUUUUGUCUCUUGAUGCUUUAGAGGCAUCGUUUUUGCAGUUCUGAUGGAAGCUCAAGGCGUCAAGGACCAGGACACUUUGAUCGACCUGGAGAGUGGAAACAAUGUUGUUAUUGGCGAGUAUAACCCUGGAAUGGAUGUUAAUUUUGCAGUAGGCUUAGGAAGAAUCCUGCCAAAUAGUGUAUUGACUGGUGGCAUGUGCACCAAGGAUGACAGAAACCAGCACAUGGAUGGUUCCCCGCCCUCACCGGAAGCUGCUGCCAGGAAUGGUGAUGACAGGAAGUCUGAAGGGGAGGAGAAGCUGGGCCUUUUGGAUAAUUCCGGAGGCGAGAAGGCAAAGAAGAAGUGGUCCAAAAAACCACCACGACCGCCAAGGCCGCCGACACAUUUGCCGUUGGAUGCUUCAGAUCAGAAGCUCCUCAAUGAGCUGAAUGAGCUUGCAUUGUUGAAACGGGCAAGGAUUGAACGGAUGAAGGCUUUGAAGAAGAUGAAGAAUGCCAAACAAGGGUCCUCAACUAGCAACUUUUGUCCCAUGAUCAUUACCAUUAUCUUCUGCCUCGUCAUACUCUGGCAAGGAUUUUGCUCGAGGCAAGAGUCUGGCGUAAGCUUCCAUGGAUCACCUGAAUCUUCAGUUAGAGCACAUAGCAGUCUGAUCUCCAUUCAUUUCUACAAGAAGAACCAUUCUAACAUCAGACCUCACAGUUCCACCUCUGCGGCUCCCAACAACGCAGAAGCGCACCACCGGGGCUGGAGAUCGGUAGCAAAGGGAGAACGACUGCGGCACGAACACAUCGUCCGAGCAUGACCCCAGGCCGCACCAAGGCGCGACGGUGUGUUCCCCCCCCCCCCCCCCCUUCGCCAUUUUGAGGCCGAUGUAAAUCUACUGAAGACUGUCAGCGCCCCACGAAGCUGUCUCGCUGUAAAUGAACCCUCCCUUCUACCGUUGUCUGCGUGCGUGCGUGUGUGUUCCCCCGGUUUCUAUGCUGCUAACCAGUGGACUUUCCCGUGGUCAUGGCACCUGGUAAGUCUCAAGUGCAAGCUGUAUGAUGAUGAUGAUGAUUAUGAUAAUAAAAGGCUUGCAGCUGUAAUAAUAUUAGUAAUCUAAUCUCACCUGGCCUCGUCCAGUCGUCCUGAAGCAAGCGUGCUGCGAGGUGCCUGGCUAUAUUUUAUCUUCUUCUUGGCCACAGCUAUAUCAGGGGGGUUCAGUUGACACUGUUUAGAGUUGAGCUGAGAGUGUCACUGCUCUGACCGGUGGUGCUCUAGAUCUGCUCAGUGUUGUGUGUACAGCAUAUGAGCAUAUGGCAGAUGCAUUUGUUAUGUAUGAUUAAUGAGCAAUCAAGGACGGCUAAUCAACCAACUCAGAUAU